ACUGGCAAGACUUUAUGACAGAACACCGGCUUCCAAUUUCCGGUCUCGACUACAACAACAACUGCACACGAAUAUUAGUUAAUUUAAUCUUUUCAACGAUAAAUAAACAUGUUCAAUAGAAAACUGAUUGCUUUAAAUCAUCAUCAACCAAAAAACUUCAACCCGGAAGUUGAGAAUGAAUUUCGUAGUAUGAUUGUAUGGCUAGAAGAUCAGAAAGUUCGACAUUACAAGAUUGAAGAUAGGGCGGGACUUCGAAACAUUGAGUCAUCAGACUGGCCAAAGGCAUUGGAAAAUUAUGUACAAGAGCUUGGUUGUCCGUACCCUAUAAGUGAAAGGUUAGCUUUAAUAGACUGGAUGCUAGGUUACGCUGUAAGACUGGACUAUGGAGACGAAGCGGAGAAAUAUAGAUCCACCAAACCACUGACACUAGGUUCAUCUGAUGCUGGUAAAGUUCCACAGGGUGGGGCAUCAUCUAAUCCUCUAGAUGCAUUAGAUUUUGAGGAUCCAGAUUUUAAAGCAGGAGUUACUUCCCUUGCAAUGAUGUUACAGAUUCCUCCAUAUCAUGAUCAUCUGGAACAGCUAAAGGCAAUAUGCAUUGUAGUAAAAGAAAAACUAUCCAAAGAGUCUUUAGAUAGGGCAGAAAAAGAAUCACAGGGUGAACAGACAACAAUAGACAGUAUUAACCUAGGAUUUGACACUGGAGAUUACAUCAUCAACGAAGCAGCGAAAAUAUUACGGCUUCUUCAUAUUCGGGAUUUACGUGAGCUUCAGUCAAGUAUUAAUCAGGCCAUUGUGGCAGUCCAAACUGUUUACCGCCAAUCCUAAAACAGACAGUCGACUUGGCAGAGUAGGAAGAUAAUGAUUGUUUCAUUGAUGAAAGUGACUCGACUCAAAUAUUCCUGCAUGGGCUAUGCAUUUGUAAUGUGUGUUCAAAACUUACAAGAAAAAACAAAAACAAUCCCUGAAAGGAACUCCACUGAGGCCCGAAAGCUGAAAAAAUAUAAAAACUGAAAAUCUGGAGCACUUAAGAUGGAAUCAUAUGAAAAAGAUAAAGAAAUACAUUCAAAAUGAAUUUGAAAUUUAAUAUUUAGUGUGAUUUUUAGCCCAGUUUUAGUUAAAAACACAUUACAUAUUUUCAGGUUAUUUUGCACAAUAAAAUUGAUUAUUAUUUUGGCUAAAGAAAGUGAGCAAAUGAUCUGAAAUUUUAGCACAAAAAUUAUUAAAAGUCAUUGGUCCAGACCUAAACAGAUGGUAUAAAAAUCUCUAAAAAAAUAUUUCCAGCCUGGCCAUGUCAAAAAAACCUUAGUGGAGUUCCUUGAAAUUAUCUGCUUUGUUCUCGGUUGGUUACUUUUUACAAUAUGAUACCUCAUUUGCAUAUUCUAUAACUUCUGAACUCAAAAUAAAAGUACCUGUAUCAUAACACUAUCAAUUCUGUUAAAUUGUCAAGAAUGGUAAAAAUCAGCAACAAAUAUAAUAUAGUAUGGGUCAGACUUGAACAUUUUGGAAGCCAUACUACUGGCAGAAGCCUGUCAAGAUAUUUUAUUUGUAUAUGCGUCUGCUCAAAAGUGUCAUCAUUUUGAUGUUAGAAAAAAGUUACUAUGUUAUCUAAAAUUUAUUUUUUCAUUUGUAUGUACAUGGAGUUUCUGGACGUUAUCACGUUAACAUAUGGAAAAUGUCAGCUCUGUUCUGUCAGCUCUGUUCUGUCAAUCUGUUACUCUUAUUUUCAACCUUUCUAAAGUUUUUAAAGGCCGGUUAUGCCCCAGAAAUGCUUUAGUUUUUAUUUCCCAAAGGCUUUUUGUGCCCCCACUUUAGUGGCGGGCAUUUAGAUUUACCCUUGUCCGUCCGUCCGUCCAUCCGUUCACUUUUGUGUCGCAUGUAACUCAAAAAGUAUUUGGCCUAGAGUCAUGAAACUUUAUAGGAAUGUUGAUCAGCAUGAGUAGUUGUGCACCUGGGUAUUUUUGUCUGAAUAUUUUUAGUAUUUUUAGAGUUAUUGCCCUUGACUUAGUAAAAUUUUGCAAUUUUCAACUUGUGUCGCAUGUAACUCAAAAAGUAUUAGACCUAGAGUCAUGAAACUUUACAGGAAUGUUGAUCAGCAUGUGUAGUUGUGCACCUGGGUAUUUUUGUCUGGAUAUUUUUAGUAUUUUUAGAGUUAUUGCCCUUGACUUAGUAAAAUUUUGCAAUUUUUUCAACUUGUGUCGCAUGUAACUCAAAAAGUUUUGGACCUAGAGUCAUGAAACUUUACAGGAAUGUUGAUCAGCAUGUGUAGUUGUGCACCUGGCUAUUUUCGUCUGGAUAUAUUUAGUAUUUUUUUUGAGUUAUUGCCCUUGAUUUAGUAAAAUUUUGCUUUGUGUCAAAAGUAACUCAAAAAGGAUUUGACAUAGAGUCAUAAAACUUUACAGGAAUGUUGAUCAGCAUGUGUAGUUGUGCACCUGGCUAUUUUCGUCAGGAUUUAUUUAGUAUUUUUAGAGUUAUUGCCCUUGACUUAGAAAUUUUUUGCAAUUUUCAACUUGUGUCGCAUGUAAUUUAAAAAGGAUUUGACAUAGAGUCAUUGAACCUUACGGGAAGGUUGCUCAGCAUAUUUAGUUUUGCACCUGGGGUUUCGCUUGUGGAUUUUGUAUGGAAGUCAAACUAUUGAUUUGUUUCUAUUUGCUACUUUUAUGACAAAUAAUUUCACACUCAGAGUUAGUUUCUUCAGGUGAUGAGUUUCAAAAAUGCUCUAAAACCAUUACUUAAACGUUUUAAAACUCAUGUUUGCCCUUUUAAGAAUGGAAAAAAUAUGCGUUUCUGAGGCAUAAUGUACCUUUAAGUAAACAUUAUUCAAUACAUGACUUGAUAGUUAUUAUAUAGGUUAAGGCUUGGUCAAACAAGUCAAAAGAUGUUGUAUUUAUUGUAUAAUUAACAUAUUUACAACCUGGUAUUUCAGACUUUUUGACUUAUCUGCCUUUCCAGUUUUACAUCCAGAUUGCUUGAAAUUAAUUGUUAGCUGUAUUUUGUGAUGUCAAUUUUAAGACAGAUUUAUUAUAAACAACCAUUGAUUUUUUUCAGUUUUCCAUUUUCCCUUCAUGACAUAUCUCCAAUAAAUGUCACUUUUUAGAUAAAACUUACAGUUCUACCUAACAGAAACCUUGAAAACUGAAUUUUAAUUACAUUUUACAUAGCAAGAAUGUUAUUUCCAUGUUUACUGAACAAGAAUGGUAUGAAUUGUUUAUUAAGCAAAAAUGUUAUUACAAUGUUUACCCAGCAAGAAUGUCAUUGCAAUGUUUACCAAGCAAAAAUGCUAUUAC